ACGAGGGAAUGCAUGCCACUAGAUUAGGUUGAAUGCAUUCACUGUGCUGCAUCGCGCCUGUUCCCGUGGACAAAGAGGGAACCGAAGGAGGCAGGGACAACGGCAAAAUGUUUAUAUCGUCGUGUGAGGCCAGUGUCCCGCAACGAUCUUUGAAGGACUGCCAGAAUGCGACUUCUUUCAGCUCCGGAAAUGUUCAGAAUAUAAAAAAGAACAAUAGCGGCAGUCGUAUCGGGCACAGUGUUCCGAAUAUGAGCCGAUCUAUGACAUCUUUGCCACCCUUGCCUCGGGCUAUCAACAACGGUUUCGCUAGUGCUGGUGUCUCGCAAGGUGAGGGGAGGGUAAAUGGCUGCGAGCGCGUGCACAGCAAUCGAGGAUUGCCGGACCUUCUACCUGGUGGGGCUGGAAAGAUUUUCACUGUCACUCCGGAGGGGGGCAUGAAAACGGCUGCCAAUUUCUCUGGAGAGCUUUUCCAGGUGGUGGACACGAAGGCGGGCGGUACGCCACAAGGUGGUGCUCUCACCAACAAUGUGGUCGGAAUUUUGUAUAAGUGGGUAAAUUAUGGGAAGGGGUGGCGUCCUCGUUUGUUUGCACUUAAGGAAGGCGUAUUUUCGUACUACAAGGUCCAUGGUCACGAUAAGGUUACUGUGAACGACAAUCGGUUUAAGAAUUUCCGAAUUAUUGGAGGGGAAGCUCAGAGAUUCUCCAAGAAGCAGAAAUACACGCAUACGAAUUCGCAUCAUCAGUUGCAUUUGCACAGCGCUGAUCAGAACCAAUGCAAAGCGUCUGGAGAGAUCCAUCUCAAGGUGUCCUCUAUUCGUUACAGUCGGUCAGACGACAAAAAGUUUUAUAUCUACACGGGAACGAAAACGCUGCACCUUCGAGCAGAGGCAAAUGCUGACAGGAGUGAUUGGGUUGGGAACUUGCAAGCGGCCAAAGAUAUGUUUCCUCGGGAUUCACUGCUCAUUGGGCUAGUCACUCCUUCCGAAGAAAUUACUAUCUCUACUGAGAUGUUGAGGCUCAAGCUUUUGGAAUUUGGAUUAACUGAGGAGAAGGUGAAAGAGUGUGAAGCUGUCAUGCUCGGGGAGUUUAAUGAUGUCAAAGAACAGUUGAAGGUUAUGCAACAGCGUCGCCUGACUUUGCUCGAAAGAUUGCGAAUGCUUGAGGCUGAGAAAGUGGAAUUGGAGACCACUGUUGUGGAUGAAAUGCAAAGCCAUGGGGGAGGUGGGCUUCAUAGAUUGAAGAAUUAUUAUGGAGGAAGCGACACUGAGUCGGAUGAGGACAACCACAGCCACAAGGGUGGUGUCGAAGUUGACUCUGACGAUGAGGACGAUGUCUUCUUUGAAGCAAAGGAGACACUGAAGUGCUCUGUGAAUCCUCCAAAUCAUCACUCAGAGUCUCCAACACAUGGUGAAGUUAACAUGGACAUAGUGGGGUUUGAUUACCCGAAACUUUCUCGGCGAAAGUCCCUACCAGAUCCUAAAGAGGAAGAGAGAAGUGUGAGUCUGUGGUCCAUGAUCAAGGACAACAUCGGUAGGGAUCUCACAAAGGUCUGCUUACCCGUUUACUUCAAUGAGCCAAUUUCAUCUUUACAGCGGGCUUUUGAGGAUGUGGAGUAUUCGUACCUCUUGGACAGGGCAGCAGAAUACGGGAAAAGGGGUAAUAGCCUCAUGAGGCUUCUCUAUGUUGGAGCUUUUGCAGUGUCAGGGUACUCUUCAACAGAGGGCCGUACUUGUAAACCUUUUAAUCCCCUGCUUGGUGAGACUUAUGAAGCUGAUUAUCCUGACAAGGGUCUAAGGUUCUGCUCUGAAAAGGUCAGUCAUCAUCCAAUGAUUGUUGCAUGCCAUUGCGAGGGCAGAGGGUGGACAUUCUGGGGUGACAGCAACUUGAAAAGCAAGUUUUGGGGCCGUUCUAUCCAAGUGGACCCUGUCGGCAUUCUCACAUUGAAAUUUGACGAUGGCGAAGUUUUUCAAUGGACUAAAGUUACGACAUCAAUAUAUAAUUUAAUUUUAGGAAAGCUCUAUGUGGAUCAUUACGGUACCAUGCGCAUACAAGGUAACCGGGAUCUCUCAAUAAAAUUGAAGUUCAAGGAGCAGUCAAUAAUUGAUCGCAACCCUCAUCAGGUUCAAGGAUUUGUACAUGAUAAAAGCGGGACGAAGAUCGCAACGUUGUUCGGCAAGUGGGACGAGUCUAUGUAUUACGUAAUGGGAGAUAUUUCAGAGAAGCCAAAGCACUAUGAUCCCAUGUCUGAGGCCGUCUUGUUGUGGAGGGCUGCUGCCCCACCAGAGAAGCUAACCCGCUACGGUCUUACAGGCUUUUCCAUAACUUUAAAUGAGAUCACUCCAGGGCUGAGGGAAAAGUUGCCACCUACAGAUUCAAGGUUGAGACCUGAUCAAAGACAUCUAGAGAAUGGCGAAUAUGAUGCUGCCAAUUCAGAAAAACUGCGACUUGAACAAAAGCAGCGACGGGCUCGGACUCUUCAAGAGAAAGGAUGGCAACCGCGUUGGUUUCGGAAAGGGAAGGGGAAGGAUACUUUUGAAUAUAUAGGAGGCUAUUGGGAAGCACGAGACAGUGGGAGUUGGGAUGGCUGCCCAGAUAUUUUUGGUCCAGACUCCAUGGAUGAGAAUGGCCUUACGGAUUGAUCAGGACUAUGGAUGGGGUGAUAAGAAUUGCCUCUGAUGGCAACAAACAACCUCUGUAACAUUAUUGCCCCGACCCCAACUUUCGCACCUCCGACGAAAAAUCGAUUGUAAAGUCGUUGAGGGUGUGUAGCUAGCUAGAUGGGAUUCAGUCUGUACAUGGGUUACGUAUCUGUGUUUUUCCUUUUUUUUUUAAACCUUCUUCCUUUUUUUCUUUUAUCCAUUUUGGUUGCGAUCAAGGUAAUUUGAGAGUUAUCACACAGAAUUUCAGAGCCAUCCCUAAAACAGUAAAUCUUGGUUCCAUUCUCAACUGAGAUUUUGCCUCGGCUAAUUUUUAGAACUCAUAACCCGUUUAUAGUUGGGUCCUUCAUUUUUACUGCCCCAAUUGGUAGGCAGGUACUUGCAUGAUAAAAUCCGAUCACUAUGAUCAGGGUCCAUUCAUAAUGAAUUAAAGAUGGUGUAUCUCUUGUCUA